AUGGCCAGAGACUCGGGCUUCUGGCCAGUUUUCGUCCAGGGCUUCCCUCCGAAGCCCAAGUUUCACCCUGACCAAAUCCCCGACCAUACGGGGCGGAUUGUCCUCGUGACAGGCGGGAACUCCGGUAUCGGAUACGAGACCUGUAAGGAGAUGCUGAAGCACAAUGCCAAAGUGUAUCUUGCCGCUCGUAGCCCAGAAAAGGCUGACGCAGCCAUCGCCUCGCUGAAGGUGGAAACGGGCAAGGAGGGCAUCUUCCUCAAGCUCGAUCUGGGAAGUAUGGCUUCGGUGAAGGCGGCUGCCCAGGAGUUCUUCAGCAAGGAAUCGGAGCUUCACAUUCUAUUCAACAAUGCCGGCGUCAUGGUACCUCCCGUCGAAUUGUUGACAACAGACGAGUACGACCUUCAAUUUGGAACGCACGUCCUCGGGCACUUCUACUUGACGGAGUCGCUCAUGCCGGCACUUCUCGCCGCUGUGAGAACCUCUCCAGAUGGUCACGCGCGCGUCGUCACGACGUCCUCGAGCAGUGUCUACCUGGAACGUCUUCACUUCGAGACGUUCAAGGAUGGCCCUGAGAGAAUAAAGUUGGGCAAAGCCGCAUUGUACAAUCAAAGCAAACACGGUAACGCUGUGAUUGCACGACAGGUAGCAAAGCGCUACGGAGAUCAAGGCAUCGUAUCCAUCUCCCUUAACCCGAGUACCAUUCAGACCUCCCUCCAACGUCAUUUCCCGGCAGUCGUACAUAUGAUCUUGAAAGCUGUGCUUCUGAAGCCGGUCGAAUACGGUGUCCUGACCCAGCUCUUCGCAGGCACGAUGCCCGAGGCACUCAAUUACAAUGGCGAGUUCUUGAUUCCAUGGGCGCGCCUUGGAAGGGCUCACCCGGAGUGCUAUAAUGAUGAGAUCGGUGAGCGGCUGUGGGACUGGCUUCAAGGCAAGGUGCGGGCGUUCGAGGCACGCCAGUCGUAG